AUGGCUCUCAAAACAACAAAAGAAAUUUGGGAUUAUUUGAAGGAAGAAUACACAGGAGAUGAAAGAAUACGAGGCAUGAAGGUGUUGAAUUUGAUAAGGGAAUUCGAAUUGCAAAAGAUGAAGGAAUCUGAGAUCAUCAAAGAGUACUCAGACCGGCUUCUUGGCAUUGUUAACAAGAGGCCAGAUGCACAAUGCAAGAUCUGCAACCAACUUGGUCAUGAAGCAGUGAUUUGCAAAAACAAAUCUCCAAAAUAUGAAGCAGAUGCACAAGUCGCCAAUGAAGAAGAAGAAGAACACUUGUUUGUGGCAACAUAUUUUUCAACCAAGAAAUCUGAUUUUUGGAUGAUUGAUAGUGGUUGUACAAACCACAUGACAUAUGACAUAAAUAUUUUUAAAGAGUUUAUGUCAAUGGAAAACAAGGAAGUCAGAAUCGAGAAUGGCGACUAUAUUCUUGCAAAAGGAAAAGGGACUAUUGCAACCAAAACAGGUUCAGUGGAAAAAGGAUUUAAAUUGUUAUUCGAUGACAAGUACUGUCGAAUCUUUGAUGCCACUAAGCAGGAGAAUUUACGAGUAAAAAUGAGGGGUAAAAACUUCUCAUAUAAUCCAAUAGAAGAUGAACACAUGCCAGAAAACUGCAAGACCAAAGAUGAAUUGGCAGAUUUGUUCACGAAGUCAAUUCCAGCCAAUUUUUAG